AUGAGCCGGGCUCCAACGACCCUGGCCCGAGCAUUCUCAGCCCGCAGGAAUGAAUCGUACAGGCACUGUCUUAAGGAAGACCGCAAGGCCGCGAAGCCACUUUGUCCGGAUACCGUCACCUCCUCCUUCGAUGCUGCCCUUCAGCAGGACGAGAACGAUACCUCUACCCCUACCGAGUCCACGAUCUCGAGGAGUGAUACUGCGGGUUCGGAGGAGGUCAUCGACGCCGCAUACAAUGACAAAGAAUACGAGAAACAAAAAGAACGGACAUCGAAUCCUUCUCCACAGUUCAGCCAUGACUCCGCCGCUCGCCGUCGGAGGACGAGGACGAACAUCCCCAAACGCAAGGAAUUCCAUGACCUGGUCUUCGAACCACGUAUGACAGCUCUCGACCGCACGAACCCAAAAUCCGCCGAAUCGCCCUUCCUCGGAUUUUACUCCUUGUUCUGGCUGUCACUUGCGUUGUUGGUGGUGAAGACUCUGGCCCAAAACUACCACAUCACAGGCCACUUUCUUGGCUCCCAACUCCACGCAACCUUCACGCAAGACAUCUUUGCCGUCUUCUGGGUCGAUCUCCUCAUGGUCGCAUCCUCCUCCUUCUGCCUUGUUCUCCACAAAUUGGUCCAAUACGGACUAGUCGACUGGGAUAGAGAGGGGUGGAUCGUACAGCAUGUAUGGCAAACGAUCUAUUUGUUUGGAGCGAUUGGGGUUACGUGGGCAAGAGAUUGGCCCUGGAUUCAGACGGUGUUUUUGGUGUUGCAUGCGCUCGUUAUGUUGAUGAAGCAGUACAGUUAUUCGACGCAUAACGGGUAUUUGUCGUCUGUUCUCAAGCACAAACAGGCCCAAGAAGCUGAGUUGAGGGUAUUGCGUGAGGGUACUGGUGCGAGGAGGGGUUCUGCGGAUUCUGGGGUUGAGAUUAACACUCCUGCCCAGCAGAACGGAGACGGUAACACCAGUCAGGAAGAGCAGCACGAGCAAGAACUCGAGUUGCUGGCCGAUAUCGAAGGAUGCGAGGAGGAGUUGACGGGCCCCGUCUACGGCAAAAUCAAGUACCCAGCCAACGUCACUCUCCCCAACUUCCUCGACUACCUCCUCGUCCCCUCCCUCGUCUACGAAAUCGAAUACCCCCGCACCGAACGUAUCCGCUGGCCCUACGUCCUCGAAAAAUCCGCCGCUACAUUCGGCUGCUUUUUCUUGAUGGUCAUGAUCUCCGAACACUACGUCCUACCAGUCAUCCCACCCGCCGAUAUGCCAGUGCAGGAUAAGUUGGCGAAUUUGCCGUGGGUGUUGUUGGAUAUCAUCUUCCCGUUCAUCACGUUGUAUUUGUUGACGUUUUAUCUGAUUUUUGAGUGUGUUCUUAAUGUGUUUGCGGAGCUUUCCUGCAUGGCUGACAGGUAUUUCUACUCGACGUGGUGGAACUCGGUUUCUUGGGAUGAAUUCGCACGGGACUGGAACAAACCCGUUCACAACUUCCUCCUGAGGCACGUCUACCACUCCUCCAUCUCCAACAUGAAGCUUUCCAAGAAACGUGCGACGCUCCUGACCUUCUUCCUCUCCUCCUGCAUUCAUGAACUCGUCAUGGCGUGUAUCACGAGGAAGAUCAGGUUUUAUCUACUUGGGUUUCAGAUGUUGCAGUUGCCGUUGAUUACGAUGUCGAGGAGUCGGUGGUUUAGGGAGUGGAAGGUUGCGGGGAAUGUGUUUUUCUGGUUUGGGUUGUUUACUGGGCCGAGUUUUUUGUGUUUGUUGUAUGUGUUGUUGUAGAUGGCUGCAAAGCUGUUUGCGGCGCUUUCAACGGUUACGAGAAGAUGGUUGGUAGCGACAUGCGUUUUGCGAGGUGGAUGUGGAGGAUGAGGGUUGGGGUUGUAUGACCACCCUGGAUGACCGUAGAUGAAGUGUAUGAUAAUGCGGGAUGGGUUACUAAGGAGCAUCAUGGACUCUGUUUUUUGCUUUGCUGAUGACUUGUCUUUUUUACGUUUGUAGGAUAGGGUAGGUCUGGUCUUUCUUGUUCAAGUUCGUUUUAUAGCCACCUCCCUCAAUUGCAGCAAGGU